AUGUUCGUUGAGUGCACAGCGAAGGGUCUGUGCGGCUUCUUCGAGGAGCACAAGAACUUCUGGCUGCGCGUGAUGCCGAGUUCCAUGGACGAGCACAUGUUCGGCAUGGUGAUGGGCCAGGUGAUCAAGGUGCGUCAGAGUCAGGACUCCGUCGGCAAGUGCAUCGUCUGCAUGCGCACCCAACCGCUCGUCAACUACAUUGGUGUCUAA